UUGGGUGUCAAACAAUGUGGCAACCAAGGAAUUAAUUAAGAAGACAUCCCAAUAAGACUCUACAUAUACAAGAGACUGAGGGAGAUGUACUUUUAUUCGACAAAUGUAGACAGUAGGGAAGAUUGAAGCAUGUAUGAUAGACCAACUCACUAUCAAAUUUCAGCAAAAAGGAUCAUGAGCCACGAUCUCCUUAAUCUCAAUUUUUAGAACCAUUAGCAUUGGGCUUUUCAGAUUCAUGACCACUCUGUAACCAUAAGUAUCAAUAUCAAGUCAUUUUUAGGAAGUGCGGUUACACUUCGGAAGCAGCUCGAUGUGCUGAUGGGUGUGUAGUGUACCGUAAUGGUGACGUAAAGAAGGUGAAUCGGAAGUACUAAGAUCGCGAUGUGUGCUGCCCCUACUUGUCCGGCCUUUGUCCUCACGAGUUCUUCCAAUUAACGAACAAAGGUCAUGGAGAUAAGUUUUCUAUUUUAUCAUUGGUAUAUUUGGAAGAGAUGAAUUUAAAUGUCAGGGAUCCUGUUUCUGUUUACAUUCUGGUUACCUGUGAAGUGUUGUAAAGAAAAUUGUGCUAGGCAUUAAAUUCUCUAUUCAUCAUGGGUAUGUAAGAUAGAAGACAAAUAAACUAGGUAUUUUUGGUUGUGAUCCAUGUUUCUUUAUAAAUUUAAUUAGUGUCUCAUUUACAAUCCUAUUUUUUAUUGUCAACUGAAAAUGGAUAUGGGGCCAUGUCCAAAGGUCCACUCUUUGCAGCUGAGGAGAGAAUAUGGAGAAGCUAAGGCAAAAGGCGUCGAUAAUUAUGACAGAGAGUUGGAAGAUGCUAUUGACAGGCUCAUUGUUGAGUGUGAUAGGAAAAUUGGUAGAGCUCUCAAGCAUCUUGAAGAUGAGGAUGCAAAGGCUACUAUUGCUAUAUCAGUCUCUGAAGUUACUUAGACACCGGAAGUACUAGAGCUUUCAAAUCAGAUUAAGGAGAAAUUGAAAGAAGCUGAUCAAUAUGGUUAUGUAUAAAAGGAGGGGGUGGGGGUUGGGCAGGCUGCUAGUAUUUUCUAUUGAGGUUUAUACGUAUGAGGUGUGACUUUUGAAUUGGAACAAAGAUGCGUUUUCUGCCUUGCCAAUUGAUGAUCUUGAAGGCAAGAGAGCUUAAAUAUGAGCUCUAGAAGAAGUAGAAGAGCUUAGAACUAAAGGAGUGGAUAAACAGUCAACACUGCUUUUGGAUGCAUUCAAUAAAGAUCAGAGUAUCUUUGCCCCAACCAUUGCCAAAUCCUCCAUCUUUGGUGCCACUGCCUGUGCCUGCACGUGAUCCUUGGACCCAGGAAAUGAUAAAUGAGAAGCUGAAGAAAGCUGAUAAUCUUGGUGAGGAGGGGAUGGUAGAUGAGGCACAAAAAGCAUUAGAAGAGGCUGUAGCACUCAAGAAGCUCGCUGCCAGACAGGAGCCUGUUCUGGAUUCCUCAAAGUAUACUGCUGUUGAUGUUCGCAUUACUGAUCAAAAGCUAUGUGUUUGUGAUAUUUGUGGAGCAUUUUUGAGUGUUUAUGAUAGUGACCGACGUUUAGCAGAUCAUUUUGGAGGCAAACUUCAUUUAGGCUAUAUGCAAAUCCAUGAUAAAUUAGCAGAACUUCAGGAAGAGAGAAACAGGAGCCACAAACUUGACCGGUAUGAUGACAGGAAGUAAUCCUCAUGGUCUCUUUUCCUUUGGUAAACCAUUGGGUGGUGAGGGGGGUGUUGUGAUAUCCUUUUUAUUGGUGGUGUAUAGAUUGAAAGAAGGAAGCAGAGAUCAUGAGAGAGAAUCAAGUUGGGACUGAGACCGAGGGACUAGCCAUGACCGAGGGAGGGAUUAUGAUCGUAGGAGCAGAGAUCGUGACAGGUAUAGUGAUCAAGAUCGUGAUAGGGAUUACGAGCGCUCUUGGACUUAUGAUUCUAGAAGUCGCCACAGGUCAUGUUCAAGGUCUAGGGAAUGCUCCAGGGAUCAUGAUUGCCAUAGGUACUUGUUUAACAAUAUCCCAUACUUGUACAACAUAUUAUUAGUUGUGUUUUGUGAUCAUUAACUUAUUAAAUGUGUAAUAUAAUAUAAUAUUUGUUUUCUAUUAUUGUAAAAUGUGCCAACCUGAGUCUUUUACCAUUGUUUUCAAAUUUAAUGCUGAACUCUAGCUACUAUUUGAGUCCAAGAAGCUUAAUAUAAGAUAAAUGCCAGG